AUGGAGUACCUCGUCCGCUUCUCCCAGGCCCAUGAGUCCUUCCGGCUCCCAGAGCUGCAGGCUCUCGCCGACCUCGAGGGGAUCGACAUGAAGGUCAUCGAGUACAGCUCUGAUUCCCCCUUCUGCAUAAUCACCCUCCCCUCCCCACCCGACGCCCCGCGCCUCGUAGCCCGCUCUCUCCUGACCCAGUCGAUCCACCGCCUCAUCGCUUCGGCGCCCUCUCACGACGCCCUCCACGAGGCCGUGAGGUCCUCCCUCGACGCCCCUGGCCCCACCUCCUUCGACUGGCCCUCCGUCGCCACAGCCCGCUUCAAGUUCUCCCUCGACUCCUACCAGACCACCCGCCCGCAUGCCGACUUUGUCGCCCUCAUCAACAGCUUCCGCUACCUCCCCCUGCGCGGUGGCAUCGACCUCAAGUCCCCCGAGCUCGAGCUCACCAUCUUUGAGGACUGGGACCUCCAUGGCGCCCGCCCCAAGCGCGUCCAUCUCGGGCGCCACCUCGGUGCCGGCGCACGCCACCUUGGCCUCCGCUACGACCUCAAGAAGCGCGGGUAUAUCAGUACUACCUCAAUGGAUGCCGAGCUCGCCCUUGUCACCGCCAACCUCGCCCACGCCGCCCCGGGCCGCCUCUUCUACGACCCCUUUGUAGGAACCGGCUCAUUCCCCAUCGCCUGCGCCCACUUCGGCGCCCUCGCCUUCGGCAGCGACAUCGACGGCCGCAGUAUCCGCGGCGCCGGCGGCGACCGCAGCGUCCGCGGAAACUUUGCCCAGUACGGCCUCCUCGACCGCAUAGGCGAGUUCUGGACUGCCGACCUGACAAACACCCCCGUCCGGAGGAGCAGGUGGCUCGACGGCAUCGUGUGCGACCCGCCCUACGGCGUGCGGGAGGGUCUGAGGGUGCUGGGGUGCCGAGACCCGGAGAAGACGCCGUGGGUCGUCGAGGCUGGGAAACAGCGCUACAAGUCGGGAGACUUCAUCGCCCCCAAGAAGCCGUACAGCUUCCUCGCCAUGCUCGACGACAUCCUCCAGUUCGCCUCCGACACCCUCAUCGACGGCGGCCGCCUCUCCUUCUGGAUGCCCACGGCCAACGACGAGGACCAGGAGAUCCCCACGCCGCAGCACCCUCGCCUUGACAUCGUCGUCACGUGCGUGCAGCCCUUCAACAAAUGGUCUCGUAGACUCAUCACGUACCGGCGCAUCCCCGACAGCCAGGUCGACCCUGAAAGGGUGGCCGCCUAUAAGCGCACUACCGUGGAGGGAACAACAGCAGAUGAACUGAAUCCCUUCCGAAAGGGUUACUUCACCAAGUUCGAAAAAGAAGAACCCCAGUCAUAG